AAGACUCGCUUCGACAAACGACAGAACAGUCAGAAUCCAAAAUCAAAAUAAUCGUCGGUGAAGUCCAUGUGUUAUUAUUUACCUAAAAAUUGUCAAUAAAUUCCGACAGAAUGAGGAAUUUACUUCAGACAAAGUUUAUCAACCAAUUUCAAACUGUGAUAAAACAUGGCAUGUGUUCCAAGGCUCUAACGGCUGUCGCUGACAAAACAGUAGCGAACGACAAAGUCGAUUCCAAAGACAAAAUUGAUUGGAUGGAAGAAUUAAGAGAACUGGACAACAGAUCCGUGCUAGAUGCACCGGUUUCAAAGGAUCUUUAUAAAUCAUCUACGCCAGCAUUGUCACCAACAUUCAACCUAGCUGCGUAUGUAAACGAGUCGGAAACACUUCAGCAACUCAUCAAACUUGGUGUGGAUUUGAGUAAAAUAGAACGUCGCAAAGGUCUAUCCCAGUUUGUACUGAAAUUGGACUUUGAGAAGGACGUGAAAAAUCACAUCACAUUUUUGCAUCAAGAGUGUGGCCUACCGAUGGAAGCAUUUGGAUCCGUCCUGACGAAGAAUCCGCUAAUUUUUAAAGAGAGUUUACUGGAUCUGGAAACGAGAGUGACCUAUCUGAAAUCCAAAUUGUUCAAACCAGUCGAUAUCGCUCGCAUUGCCGAAAAGAAUCCGUUUUGGUUGAUGUUCCGGACGCAGCGUAUUGACAGGCGCUUGGGCUUCUUCCAGAAAAAAUUUGACUUACUUGGAUCGCAGGUACGCGCGUUAACAGUCAAACAGCCACGGCUCAUAACGUACCAUCUGCAAUCAGUUGAACGGAACGCAUUCAGUAUACGAGAAGAGUUUGGGUUUUCGUCGGAUGAGACAAGGAUGUUAGUCCUACAAACACCCAGGAUCCUAAUGAUGAACCAGCACAACCUCCUCGGUCGUCUAGAUUACAUCCACAACACAAUGGGAAUAUCGCACGAACAAAUUGUAAAAUCGUCGGGUGUACUGCAGAGUCGCGAACAUAUAAUCAGGCAGAGGCAUGAAUUUUUGAAAUUAAUUGGUAGAGCGCAGUACGAUCCGACGAAGGACCUGUAUGUGUCACUGAUCGAAUUAGUUGUUGGAACCGAUCAAGAAUUUGCUCUGAAUGUGGCGGGAACGUCGUAUAUAAAGUUUGAAACAUUUUUGCGACAAUUGUAGAAACGAAAUGGAAAUGGAAUAAAAGAUCGAGACGAAGGUUUUAGAGAUCAAGCU